AUGAUUGAAUUCCACAAAUCUGUGGUAAGUACAAAAAAAAAUGUCUUUCGAGACACGCUCUCCAGAGCUGACAAUGGGCGCAAGUGCGCCCCGCCGAAUAGAGCAAUACAUUGGCGCGAAAUUUAAAUUUUAACAGCAAAAUUUGUGUGUUUUUUGCCGGAUUAGCCACGAAAAAUCGAUAAUUUCUUAUUUGUCUCUCGAUAGACCGAUUGUUUAGGCUAUUACGAAUUUUUUAAGCGCAAGAGCGUUAAAUUUGGUCAAGUCGCAAAUCACAUUUAUCCGUUUGAAGGUUUUUGGCUAAAACUGCGUGAAUUUCAGUUGCUAUUCGGUAGUUUUCGCGGUUCGAGUGCUCAAAAUGCUCGUAUUUACGUGAUUUAUCAUUCUCAAAACCAAUUCUGUCUGAAAACGGUCAAGAAAGCGCAAAAUGAGAAGUACGAUUUUUAGGCGGCGAUCGGCGGCGAAGGCGAAAAAGCAAAGUCCGCGAAAAAUUCGCUAAAAUGUCAUGAACUCUGAGAAUUAGUGUGUUUUCAUGUCGGACAAUCAUUUUUCAUCGCCGUUGACCGCAAAACUCAGAGAAAACUUGCUCAAUUCAUGAAAACGCCCAUAUUGUCAGCUCUGGAGACCGUGGCGCGCGAGAGUAUACCUUCAAAUUCCCGAAACAUUCAGACGUACAAGCCAUCGCCGCCGAAUGUUGUGAACCGCGUGGACUUCAAACUAGAAGUGACGCCCGACACAUUUGUGAUUCCCAAAAAGGGAUUGGAAGUGACGAUCAAAAACGUUUCCGCUCAAAAACAGUUUGUCUACGCGCACAUGUGCUCGCUUCGCUACACGAUCGAAGACGGCAUUCAGAAGGAGUGGGACUACCCGCACUACAUGAAUGGAAAAGAGUUGCAGCCGGGCGAAUCGAUGACAGUGCUCUUCUGGGACGUCGGCUACGACAAGCACCGCGGAUACUACACGUGCACACACGAGCAAGAGGAGGGCGAUAUUAUUGUGUGGCACACAACCAUCAAAAUGUACGGCUGCUCGAAGAACGGACGCUACGAUGUUCGACGCGAAGAGGACGCGAAGACGUUUCUGAAGCGGUUCGACAGCGGCGAGUACGGAUUUCGCGAGUACAAAGUGGCGAACGAUAGUCGCAGUUAUCAGCGGCUGAAGGAAACGUACAAACGAGUGAACGCGUACGCUAAGGAGUACAAACACCCGUACGAUGAGAUGGAAUUUUACGAGUUGGUGGCCGACUUUCAAAAGUACAAAAAGAAAAGGGAGAAGGAGGAGGGAAGAGGAGGCGGCGGGUGUGCAGUGAUGUGAAUCGAACUUGAGAGGAGACUGAUAGUAAUAAAGAAUGUUGUUUGAACGAUCUGAUGUACUUAAAGGACCAGGGAAUGCUCCGAGUUUAUGUGUCUGACUGAAUUGCCCCUUAUUGCCACAUUCACCGUCCGAGCCCCAACUUUCAGAAAUAGCUGUGAAUGGAACAGUGGCCGUGGCCCAGAAAACUUCUAGGCCAUGUGAUCUUUUUCGGAUUUUUUUUGGCGUUCGGCACGAUCUUCAUACGUUGCAGAAAAUUCACACAAAUCAGCAUCCAUAAAAUGAAACGUUUCGCAUUCCCUACUCAUUUUUUUUAAAGUUCCGCCAGUAAGUCGCAUGUUUCCCGUCAAUCAAGUGACCUUCCGAUGCUUUGUUUCAGCCGGAGGAGAAACCGUAAACCUCCGGCGCCAGAUGGGUCUCAAUCCGGACAAGAUCGAGAUCAAGUCGAAAGGAACGCUCGACAUUGAGAUCGGCAACAAUUCGAGUGAUCAAGGUGUAGCUCGUCUCGAUGCGAUUCCGGAUUCGCUACCCGACUACUGA